AGCCUGAGGCCGCGGGGCCGGCGGGGCGGCGGUCGGAUCCUCCCCCGGGCUGGGGGCGGGCUCCUAGACGGCCGCGCGCCCGGGAACCCGGCGCCCACAGAGCCGCGGCACCAUGGCACCUGCCGGACACCCGGGGGCCAAGAGGGGGAUUUUGGAGCGCCUGGAGAGUGGGGAGGUUGUGAUUGGAGAUGGCAGCUUUCUCAUUACUCUGGAGAAGAGAGGCUAUGUGAAAGCUGGGCUCUGGACUCCAGAGGCAGUGAUAGAACACCCAGAUGCAGUUCGUCAACUUCACAUGGAAUUCUUGAGAGCAGGAUCAAAUGUCAUGCAGACUUUUACCUUUUCUGCCAGUGAGGACAAUAUGGAAAGCAAGUGGGAAGAUGUAAAUGCUGCUGCCUGUGACCUCGCCAGGGAAGUGGCUGGCAAAGGUGAUGCUUUGGUAGCAGGGGGGAUCUGCCAGACAUCAAUAUACAAAUACCACAAGGAUGAAGCUAGAAUUAAAAAACUUUUUCGACAACAGCUAGAAGUUUUUGCCUGGAAAAAUGUGGACUUCUUGAUUGCAGAGUAUUUUGAGCAUGUUGAAGAAGCUGUGUGGGCUGUGGAAGUCUUAAAAGAAUCAGAUAGACCCGUGGCAGUUACCAUGUGCAUCAGCCCAGAGGGAGACAUGCAUGAUAUAACCCCCGGAGAAUGUGCUGUGAGGCUGGUGAAGGCAGGGGCUUCCAUCGUUGGCGUGAACUGCCGCUUUGGGCCUGAGACCAGCUUGAAGACGAUGGAGCUCAUGAAGGAGGGUCUUCAGCGGGCAGGGCUGAAAGCGCACCUCAUGGUGCAGCCCCUGGGGUUCCACACGCCUGACUGUGGCAAAGAGGGGUUUGUGGAUCUCCCAGAAUAUCCCUUUGGACUGGAGUCCAGAGCUGCCACCAGAUGGGAUAUUCAAAAAUAUGCCAGAGAGGCCUACAACCUGGGGGUCAGGUACAUUGGCGGGUGCUGUGGAUUUGAGCCCUACCACAUCAGGGCAAUUGCAGAGGAGCUGGCCCCAGAAAGGGGCUUUUUGCCACCAGCUUCAGAAAAACAUGGCAGCUGGGGAAGUGCUUUGGACAUGCACACCAAACCCUGGGUUAGAGCAAGAAUGGGAAACGCUACAUUACCAAUGAUGUACACCAGCCAGAAGCGCCUGGGGGAAUCUAAUCAAGCCUUUAGAUUUCACUUCCAAGUCAGUGAAAUCAAGGGAUAUAGGAACAAGAUGGAGUUUCACUCUUGUCACCCAGGCUGGAGUGCAGUGGUGCAAUCUCGGCUCACUGCAACCUCUGCCUCCCAGGUUCAAGCGAUUCUUCUGCCUCAGCCUCCUGAGUAGCUGGGACUACAUGCGCACACCACCACGCCCGGCUAAUUUUUGUAUUUUUAGUAGAGACGGGGUUUCACCAUGUUGGCCAGGCUGGUCUGGAACUCCUGGCCUCGUGAUCCACCUGCCUCGGCCUCCCAGAGUGCUGGGACUACAGGUAUGAGCCACCACGCCUGGCUGGUUUUAUCUUUUCAAAAAAAAAAAAAAAAAAAGGUAGGAGUCUUUAUCCUUUCCUGCUUCAAUUGGAACUAUUGACUUUCCAUUUUACAAUGAGAGGGAAGCAGUUUCAAACAUGAAGAAUAUGAAUAGUGCUAACUAAAUCGAAACUUUCACAGUUACCCGAAUGUACAGCCAUAGAGGGGUGUUAAGGAUGUGGGCCAGACUCCCUGAGUUUGGAUCUCAGCCCUGCUGCUUCUAGCAAGGUGCCUUGAACAAGUGACUUGGCUUAGGGAAGCUCCCUGCUUUCCUCAUUGUUCCCCUAUUGUGGAGGUGAGGAAACAGAGGCUCAGGAGAGUUCAAUGAUUUACUCAAGGUCAUGGUUGAAAAAGAAAUCAUGUUGAACGGCAAAAUAGUUUCAUUGUUUUUUUUAAGAAUCCUUUUGCAGGGCCUCCCCCAAUGCUAUCCCAAAGCAGGAUGCUUCGGUCUCAAGGAUCCAAGUUUUACUCCCUCCACCAUCUAGCUAGAAAGGCUACUUGGGCUUGCUGUGUUCUGGAGAGAUUUAUUUCUGUGUCCAGGUGUGCUGUAUCCUGAAGCAUCAAACAUGAAGAAUGAGACAAACAUGACAAAUGAGAGAAAUAAAACCAAUUUCCACUGGGGCCAUAAUGUAGAAAUACUGCUCCUUUCUCCCUCCUAAAUAAAAUGUUUGGGCCCUGCUUUCCCUACAAAUCCUCUCCCCUUCUUGUGGCAUCAUGGCAUUCAUUUGGCAACUAUUUAUUGGGGGCCUACUUUGUGCCAAGCACUAUACUAGGCAGCAGCCUGCAAUGAUGAGCAUUGGUGCUAUAGGAUUAAUUUGAGGCAUGGAAGCUUGACGUCCUCACUGAAGGGCCUGUAACCAUGUAGGAAAAGAGAGUCUCUUCUUUAAAAUGUGGUAGAAAAACCUAUCAGCUGUCACUGUAAAGCAGUGAAAAGUUAUUAAAGUAAACAAAUAGCCUUUGGCUCUACAAAAAAUAUAAAAGUUAGCUGGGCAUGGUGGUGUGUACCUAUAAUCCCAGCUACUCAGAGAGCAGGGGCUGAGGUGGGAGAAUCACUUGAGCCCAGGAGUUCCAGGUUGCAGGAAGUCAUGAUUGCACCACUGCACUCCAGCCUGGGUGGCAGAGCGAGACCCUAUCUCAAAAAUAAAUAAAUAAAUAGCCUUUGGAAACCAUGUUCUGAUUCUUAAAACAUUUUAUUUAUUUAUUUAUUUAUUUUGAGAUGCAGUUUUGCUCUUGUUGCCCAGGCUGGAGUGCAAAGGCUGUUGCCCAGACUGGAGUGCAAUGGUGCCAUCUCAGCUCACUGCAACCUCCACCUCCCGGGUUUAAGAGAUUCUCCUGCCUCAGCCUCCCAGGUAGUAGAGAUGAAGUUUCAUCAUGUUGGCAAAGCUGGUCUCAAACUCCUGACCUCAUGUGAUCCACCCACCUCAGACUAUCAAAGUGCUCGGAUUACAGGCGUGAGCCACCAUGCCCAGCCUAUUUCUUAAAACAUUUUAAAGAGCAGAACAGAACAUUUUAAGGAGGAUAUAAUGGAUAAAAUAAAUUUAAUUAGUUAAUUAAUUAAGGUAACUAAAGCACCCAGUUGAGUCCCAUCUCUGUAUUUACAUCACCACAAUGGAUGGUGGGCAAGGAGAUGAAGAGGCAAUAGCAGCAAGGGCCUGGGUCAUCGAAAGGACAAGCUAAAAUGUUAGUUGAUACUUUACCUAUACAACAGCAAUCACCACAGGUCAAACUACUUUUUAUGUUGGUUGAUAUGACCAAAUAUUAAGGAGGUAGGUCACACCGUAAACAAGAAGAUAGGUAAGGAAUAGGGAGACCCUUGUUCAAGUUCCAGUGGCUCCAAUAAAGAUAUUUAUGAUCUUGACAAGUCACACUCUAAGCCCCAACAUCUAAAGAACAAACAAACAAAAAGAGUCAGGAGAAUGGAGGAAAAUAUUUACAAAUCAUAUAUAUGAUUGGGGAUUAAUAUUCAGAAUAUAUAAAGAGCACCUACAACUCAACAACUAAACACCAACAACCAGAUUCAAAAAUGGGCAAAGGACUUGAAUAAAUAUUUCUCCAAAGAAGAUAAAUGGCCAAAAAGCAUAUGAAAAGAUGCUCAACAUCACUAAUCAUUAGGGUAAUGCAAAUCAAAAGCACAACGAGCUAUCCACUCACACCUGUUAGGAUAAAUACUAUUUUUUAAAAAUCGGAAAAUAACAAGUAUUAGAAAGGAUAUGGAAAAAUUGGAAACUUUGUGCACCAUUGGUGGGAAUAUAAAAUGGUGCAGCUGCUUUGAAAAACAGUAAGAAGAUACCUUAUGAAAUUAAAAAUAGCAUUAUCUUAUGAUCCUGCAAUUCCACUUGUGGAUGUAUACACAAAGGAAUUGAAAGCAGGGAAUCAGACAGAUAUCUGUACACCCAUGUUCACAGCAGCAUUAUUCACAAUAGAUAAAAAAUGAAAACAACCCAAGUGUCCAUCAACAGAUGGACAAACAAAAUGUGGUAUAUACAUACAAUGAAAUAUUAUUCAGUCUUAAAAAGGAAGGAAAUUCUGACAUAUGCUCUAACAUGGAUGAACCACGAAGACAUCAUGCUAAGUGAAAUAAGCCAGUCAUAAAAGAACAAAUACUGUCUGAUUUCACUUGUAUGAAGUAUCCAGAUGUCUUAGUCCAUUUUUGUGCUGCUGUAACAAAAUACCUGAGACUGGUAACAUAUAAAGAACAGAGAUCUACUUCUCAUGGUUCUGGAGGCUGGACCCAUGCUUAAUGACAGGAAUAUGUUUUGAUAAAGCAUCAUCAGACAAUUUUGUUGUUGUGCAAACUUCAUAGCAGGUACCUAGAUCAUACAGCCUAUCACACACCCAGGCUAUGUGGUAUAGUCUAUUGCUCCUAGGCUACAAACCUGUACAGUAUAUUACUGUACAGAAUACUGCAGGCAAUUGUAACACAAUGGUAAGUAUUUGUGUAUCUAAACAUAGAAAAGAUACAAUAAAAAUAUUGUUAAAAAGAUAAAAAAUGGGCCUGGGGCGGUGGUUCACGCCCAUAAUCCCAACACUUUGGGAGGCCAAGGCGGGCGAAUCAUCUGAGGUCGAGAGUUUGAGACCAACCUGACCAACAUGGAGAACCCCCGUCUCUACUAAAAAAUACAAAAAAAAUUAGCCGGGCAUGGUAGCGCAUGCCUGUAAUCCCAGCUACUCCGGAGGUUGAGGCAGGAGAAUCACUUGAACCUGGGAGGUGGAGGUUGCGGUGAGCCAAGAUCGUGCCAUUGCACUCCAGCCUGGGCAAAAAGAGCAAAACUCUGUCUCAAAAAAAAAAAAAAAUUAAAAAAUGGUACACCUGUGUAGGACACUUACCAUGACUGGAGCUUGCAGGACUGGAAGUUUCUCUGGGUGACUCAGUGAGUGAGUGAUGAGUGAAUGUGGAGGCCUAGGACACUAGUGGACACUCCCAUAGACUUUAUAAACACUGUACACUUAGGCUAAAUUUAUUUCAAAAUUUUUUUCUUUGUAGCUUUUUAACUAUAAACUUUAAAAAACUUUUUCUCAGUUGUAAUGACACAGCUUAAAACACACGUGCAGCUGUACAAAAAUAUUUUCCUUAUAUCCUUAUUCUAUGAGCUUUUUUCUAUUUUUAAAUUUAUUUUUUUCUUUUAAACUUUUUUGUAAAAGUUAAGACACAAACACACAGUAGCCUAGGCCUACACAUGGUCAAAAUCAUCAAUAUCACUAUCUUCAACCUCCACAUCUUGUCCCACGGGUAGGUCUUUAGGGGCAAUAACACACAUGGAGCUGUCACCUCCUAUGAUAACAAUGUAGCAGGAGAAGUACACAUAAAAUAAUGAUUAAAAGUAUAGUAUCUUAAAUACACAAAUCAGUAAUGUAGUCCCUUAUUAUCAUUAUCAAGUAUUAUAUUUGGGAGGCUGAAGCGGGCAGAUCACCGGAGUUUGAGACCAACCUGGCCAACAAGGCAAAACCCCGUCUCUACUAAAAAUGCAAAAAAAAUUAGCCAGUCUUGGUGGUACACACCUAUAGUCCCAGCUACUAGGGAGGCUGAGGCACAAGAAUCACUUGAACCCGGGCAGCAGAGGUUGCAGUGAGCCAAGAUCACGCCACUGCACUCCAGCCUAGGUGACAGAGUGAGACUCUGUCUCAAUUUAAAAAAAAAAAAAAAAAAAAAGGCCAGGCGCAGUGGCUCACGCCUGCCGAGGCGGGCGCUCACAAGGUCAGGAGAUCAAGACCAUCCUGUCUAACACGGUGAAACCCCGUCUCUACUAAAAACACAAAAAAUUAGCUGGGCCUGGUGGUGGGUGC